UAAUAAUCAGAUUGAUCACUUUCUUCCUCAAAAUCACAAAAAAGAACUGAAUCCAUUUCAGUGAUUUCUACUCAAUGGAGACGGAUCUGUCACUGAUUGAGAUUUCCGGAGAAGACGAUUCGCUUCUCUCAUCUACACAACAAUCUCCAACCGACGUCGUUUCCCAUCCCAAUAAUUCCUUCUUCUCAUGCUCUCCUCUUCUCCAAACACGCAGUAGAUCUACUGUUUCUCCUUUUAUGUGCUCUCCGAUUACCGAGGAGGAGGAUAAACCCAGCUGUUCUAAUCGUGAAGAGGAUAAUAGUAUGGGUAAGGAAAAUGUUAAUGGCAGCAAACAACAAGAAGCGAUUAAACUCUGCAUUGAGCCUCAGCAAAUGAAGAGAAAGAAAAGGGGUGGCGGAUUUAAUCUCCGUAAAAGCAUAGCUUGGAAUAGAGCUUUCUUUACUGAUGAAGGUGUUUUGGAUCAAUCGGAGUUAUCAAUGCUUAAUAAUGGGAAUUCUGGGAAGAUGCUGUCAGCUAUACAUGAAGGCGGAGAGUCGUUAUCUGGUGAUUUGCUAACAGUUGAUAGUAAUUUAUCCAAGCCUCCUAGGACUCCAGGUCAAGGAAGAAAAGUUUCUGCCAUGUCACCGAAGCUUGGUUCACCAGCUAGACAUAACAAAACUUCCCCAUCUUCUUCUUGUGGUGUUUCUCAAGCCAAGCGGAAGAUUCUUACACCACAUGAUAGCAAUAGAAGUGCCUCUAAGCGAAGUGGCUGUCCCCGACCAGUUGGUUCUUCUUCUGUUAGACGGAUUCUAAACACAAAUGUAAACACAAACACAACAAAAGUUGUUGCUAAAGACGCAAGAGUUUCUAAACGGUUGGUUCCAAAGACAGAUUCCGUUGCUUCUACAUCAUCUAGAUGUUCCACAACAAGCGCUGGCCUCCCUAAGCGCAAUGUCAUUUCUCAGCCAGGCAUUACUCAUAGAACGGUAGGACUUAAGGGAACUUCCACUGAUACAAAAAUAGCCAGUAAUAGUGUAAAAUCUGGCCCUGAUGGGAAAUUGAUUAGAAAACCAACUGGUCAGCCAGCAAGAAGAAAUAUGGUAAAAAUCAGCUCAGUACCUGAAAUACAUUCAUCAUCCAGUGCACAACUUCCCCAGGUUGGCCAAGUAAAAAAUAGUUUAAAAGUUAUACCAGAUUCAGCAGUUCCAGUGGCUCAUCCAGCACGUGGCCACGAUAGUAAUACCAGAAACAUUGCAGCCUCUUUCUCUCAAAAUGCUUGUAAUAAUGUUGGGCUCAUGCAACCUCCACAACCUCAAAAAGCUAAAACAUCAGGCUUACGAAUGCCAUCACCAUCACUGGGAUUCUUUGGUCAGUCGAAACCUUCUGAGAGAAGCAGUCAAGCCUCCAGUCUUGCCAAGUCUAACAUUCCUAGUUUUAACAGAACUGGUGCCUUAAAUACUGUCCAGCAGAGGCCGCCACGACCGUCCGGGAAUAUACCUGUAUACUCUAGUAUGAUUCACUCUGUGGCACCCACUGAUACUGCCUCAAAUGCAAAGAUCAAAUCCAACUUGGAAUUGAGUAAUAGGCAGAAUUUGGCAUUGCAGUUGCAAUCUAAUCCUAACAGUAAAGAUUCAAUAAAUCAGAAGCAGAAGCUGCAUACAAUUACUGAUGAUGUCAAUCAACAUUCUCUAGAUGUUGAUGAAUCAUGUAAAAUUAAGGUCUCAAGCAUGAAGAAAUUAGAACUGCAGAAGCAGCAGAACAAUGAUACUAAGUUGUCUUUACAAAUUGGUCCAUGUGAACAACCAGAAAAAGGUGUUGAUAGGAGUGUUAUUGACAUCUGUCUCAAUAAUAUAAACUCCACUGGUGCCGGUGUAGACUCCUCCCAUUUUACUUCCCCUCUUUGCCUCCAAGUGAAAUCUCAAGGUCCUUCUGAGACGAAAACUAUAAAUGUUGACCAACAUGUGGAAGACAUACUGCAGAAAUCCUCUAAGAAAAAUCUUAGUGCCUGUUCAGAGCCUGAGUCUGCAGAAGUUGACAAUUUUAGAUAUGAGGUUGCUCUAGAAGUGCAUGAAGAUGAGCUAAGUGGUAUGCAUGAAGCCAGGAGGCAGUGCUCCCAACAAGUUGAGCUGAUGAAUCCUGAUAUCUGCAUAACUGAUUCAAAUUCUGAUGUGGAGAGGUCGAGGCUGAAUGAUACUUUGUUAGAGAAGAGCAAAUCAUCUGAAGAGCUUAGCAAAUCUGGUAGUUUGAAACCUGCAGAUGUUCUUCUGGAAGUCCAAGAGGCUGGUGCAACUUCUUAUUGCCCAUCUCUCUUUCCAAAAGUGGAGCUCACAGAAGAUGGCUCUACUGGAAUUGGUUAUUCAAGUGAAAAAUUACAUGCAGGUGAUGCAGAAAUGCUGUCUGUAGAGGGUGAUAUACUGGUUGAAAGUGGCAAUAACUCAAUGGACACUUCAGCAGUGGGUAAUUCAGAUUUGAUGGAUAUUGACUAUCCAAGUGCAAAAUCUGCAGAAGAAUACGAGCUUCCAAAUUCCUGUAUUUUAACAGAACAGGAUACUUAUGGACCACUUUCUAAUGAUGACUCAGUUCGUGGAGUAUGUUCUGAAUAUGACCAGGAGAAAAAUCUCCUUCAGAGUCAGAAAUCUGCUGAAUUAAGAAAAACCAAUGACCGCGGAGGUGACUUAGGCAGUGUUGAUGUUCCUUGUUUAAUAUCACCUCUUAGUCAAGAUUGUGGUUUUAAUGAACCUGGGAUAAUCCAGUGUAUUAAGUUGGAAAAUGCUUUAGUGGCUUCUAUAGACAGCGAGCUGGCAGAUAAUAACAAUGUUAAACUCUGUGGUGAAGCCAACACUUUGGCAUCGGAAAGGAUGGAAAAAAGCAAUAUGACCGGAGCAUUCAUCACUGACAAUCCUGAGAUGAAUAUUCUUUAUCCAAACAGAGGAGAUUUGAGAUGGAGCAAACUCGAGAAUCUCAUUGUCACAACCCAAAAUAAUCCCAUUAUACGUCUUAAGGCUGCUUCUGGGAUGACCAACAAAAAAGAUAGUGAAGGCGCGAUAGACAAACAAUAUCCUUUUUCUGAUUCACAGCCAGAUAGUGAUGCUUGUAGUGUGGAAGGGAUAACUGGUAUACAGCACACUGAUCGCUUGACUGGCGUACGGGAUGUGAGAGAACAGACUGCAGAGGAAACUAAGCUGAUAAAUUUUUGUUCUCAAGAAGCUGAACAGGUGAAUCAUAGUCUAGAUAUGUGUGAUGACGACUCAAGAGACAAAUGCAGAUCCUUGAAAGAUGUCAGUGCAAUUGGUGUAAGUGGAUUUGCAAUUCCUCAAAGUCCACACCUAUACAGUAUCAGAGAAAAUGAACUUGCUGGUAAUGGCAAUAUGGAAGAUGCACUAGAGGUGUCCUUAGAUGAGAGUUCAUUGCCUGAUAUGUGUAAUGAUGACUUAAGUGACAAAUGCAGAUCCUUGAAAGAUGUCAGUGCAAUUGAUGGAAAUGAAUUUGAAAUUCCUCAAAGUCCACAGCUAUCCAGUAUCAGAGAAAAUGAACUUGCUGGUAAUGCCGAUAUGGAAGAUGCACUAGAGGUGUCCUUAGAUGAGAGUUCAUUGGGUGAUAGCUACAGCGGUAAUAAAUACACUUUUGUGGAAAAAAAGAAGCCUUCGUUGGUAUGUGUUGAUACCAGCAAAGAGCAUGCCGAGAUUCAAAAUUUUGGACUUGUAAUUGAACAAGUUCCUGUGGAAAAUCACGGUUUGUGUUUGAAUGAUAACUUGGUGCUUAUGGAUUCUUCUGUUGAACCGCAGGAGACCAAUAAUCUUGAGAAUGUUUCAGGUAUUAACGAUUGUCCUAGGGAACCAAAAAGUUCCAAUGAUUGCUCCUUUAUGAAAGGAGAUGUAGACUUUAAUAUGGAUGCGGAUGCUUUAUCCAUUCAGGCAUCAGUUGAAAAUAUUAAAUGUCAUAUGGACUCUGAGUACAGGAGUGGUUAUGAGAUUGACAAUCAAGCUUGUCCUUCCAAUCUUGGGUCAUCCUCUGAGACAAAUGAAGAUCAGAUGCCAUUGGCUGCAAAUACUUUUGUCUCCAAGGCAUUUUGUUCUUUGAAUGAACAAACCAAUCAGACCUCAAAUGAAGGCACCCAGCAGGAUUUGCAAGAAGAUUUUACAUUGACUGUUACUUUAUCAACAGAAGCUGAAAUUAACAUUCAUAGAAGCAAUGGAAAUAGUAACAGUGAACUGCAAAAUGGGUUGGAAAGUGUUAUGCACUCCAAAGAAGUUGAGGAUGCAAAAAACUCACUUGAAGGGGCCAUUGAUAUACAGCACACUGAUUGCUCGACUGGCAUAUGGGAUGUGAAAGAACAGACUGCAGAGCAAGCUAAGUUGAUAAAUUCUUGUUCUCAAGAAGCUAAACAGGUGAAUCGUAGUCAAGAUAUGUGUGAUGACGACUUAACUGAAAAAGGCAGAUCCUUGAAAGAUGUCGGUGCAAUUGGUGGAAGUGGAUUUAAAAUUACUCAAAGUCCACAGCUAUACAAUAUCAAAGAAAAUGAACUUGCGGGUAAUACCAAUGCGGAUUAUGCGCUAGAGGGGUCCUUAGUUGAGAAUUCAUUAGCCGACAGAAACAGCGGCAACAAAUGCACCUUUGUGGAAAAAAAUAAAUCACCAUUGGUGUGUGUUGAUACCAGCAAACAUGCCGAGCUUCGAAGUCUUGGACUUGUAAUUGAACAAGUUCCUGUUGAAAAUCAUGGUUUGUGUUUGAAUGAUAACUUGGUGCUUAUGGAUUCUUCUGUUGAACAGCGGGAGAACAAUAAUAUUGAGAAUGUUUCAGACAUUAAUGAUUGUCCAAGGGAAUCAAAAAGUUCUGACGAUUGCCCCUUUAUGAAGCAAGAUGCAGGCUUUAAUAUGGAUAUGGAUGCAGAGCCCUUAUCCUCAGAGGCAUCAGUUGAAAAUGGCAAAUGUCGCAGGAGUGAUUAUGAGCUUGAAAAUCAAGCUUGGCUUUCCAAUCUUGGGUCGUUGUCUGAGACAAAUGAAAAUCAGAUGCCAUUGGCCACAAAUGCUUCUGGCUCUAAGGCAUUUUGUUCUUUGAAUGAACAAACCAACGAAACUUCAAGUGAAGGUACUCAGCAGGAUAUGCAAGAAGAUUUGUCGUUGACUACUACUUUGCCAGCGGAAGUUGAAAUUAACAUUCAUCUAGGCAAUGGAAAUAGUAACAGUGAACUGCAAAACGGGUUGGAAAGUGUCAUGUCCUCCAAAGAAGUUGAAGAUACUAAAAACUCACUCAAGAAAUCAGGGGAAGACAAGAAGCAAGAUACCCUGGUUAUAAAACCUCCAUCAAAUGCUGUUCCUUUCUCAGAUGAAUGGUUAGCUGCUUUUGAAGCUGCUGGAGAGGAAAUUCUAGCCAAAAAAGGUGGUGCUGUUCAAAAUUCACCCCCAGACAAGUCUCUACCCGAAGCAAGUCCUUGGUCCCCGGUAAAGAGGAGAAACAACCAAGAAUUAGGACCAUAUGACUGUACAAAAUUUACGAAUCCCAAUUGAGGAGCAAAACUAUAGAGGGGCUCUACUACUGAAAUGUACAAUACAUGCCGACACGAAUAGUCUGAUUUCUUCCACUUUAGAAGAUAAGCUAAUCAUUCUUUUUCUCUUGACAUUUCUGUAGACCUAACUUGACCAACUACAUAAUAAAAUUCAAUGCCUUUUCUUUUGCACUAAUAAA